AUGACGCCGAAAAUGAGAAGUACAACCGCCGUGUGGGCGCUGGCGGUACUAUUCGCCUCGUCGCUGAUCCCCGACUCCGUCCUGGCAGACGACGACGGGAUCAGCGCGUGCCUGUGCGCCUGCACUUGCGGGGAGGCCAAGAUGGAGCGGUUCUGUCGCUCCCUGGAGAAUAUCGAAACGGCGGUGAGGGACGCUUGCUUGGCCGUCGCGAACGGUCCGAUUGCGACGUGUAAGGGGUUCUGCCACCUGAAUAUGGCGUACAUCAAAGUGAAGAAUUCUCUGGAUGACUGAAGGACGAGAGGUGGGGUCGGCGGGGUCUUUUUGGCAACCCUUACAAAUAAAAGUUCCAUUUGGUGAAAUUAUAUAACAGC